UUCCCGCUCUCUUCACUCCUUGGGCUGCUCGCGCUAGUUAAGGUCUGGGUCUUUCUUGCUCCGAGAGGGACCAGUUACUUCCGCCGUAGCUGCUGUUGCUCUGUCGACUGCGCUGUGACCUGCACUGUUCACGGGACCUUUAGAGAGGACGCCAGAAUACCUGGAAGCCAGGAAAUGGAUUCGGUGGCCUUUGAGGAUGUGGCUGUGAACUUCACCCAGGAGGAGUGGGCUUUGCUGGAUCCUUCCCAGAAAAAUCUCUACAGGGAAGUGAUGCAGGAAACCUUGAGGAACCUGACCUCCAUAGGAAAAAAAUGGAACAACCAGUACAUUGAAGAUGAGCACCAAAAUCCUAGGAGAAACCUAAGAAGACUUAUAGGGGAGAGACUCUCUGAAAGUAAAGAAAGUCAUCAGCAUGGCGAAGUUUUGACACAGGUUCCAGAUGACACACUGAAGAAGAAAACUCCUGGAGUACAAUCAUAUGAAAGCAGUGUGUGUGGAGAAAUCGGCAUAGGUCUUUCAUCCCUUAAUAGGCACCUCAGAGCCUUUAGUUAUUCCAGUAGCCUUGCAAUACAUGGAAGAACUCACACUGGGGAAAAGCCUUAUGAAUGUAAGGAAUGUGGGAAAGCAUUCAGGUUUCCCAGUUCUGUUCGUAGACAUGAAAGAAUCCACUCUGCGAAAAAACCCUAUGAAUGUAAGCAGUGUGGGAAAGCAUUCAGUUUUCCCAGUUCUGUUCGUAGACAUGAAAGAAUCCACUCUGCAAAAAAACCCUAUGAAUGUAAGCAGUGUGGGAAAGCAUUAUCUUAUCUUGUAAGCUUUCAGACACACAUGAGAAUGCACACUGGAGAGAGACCUCAUAAAUGUAACAUAUGUGGGAAAGCCUUUUUUUCUCCCAGUUCGUUAAAAAGACAUGAGAAAAGUCACACUGGAGAGAAACGCUAUAAAUGCAAGCAAUGUGAUAAAGCCUUCAAUUGUCCCAGUUCCUUUCAAUAUCAUGAAAGGACUCACAGUGGAGAGAAACCCUAUGAGUGUACACAAUGUAGGAAAGCCUUCAGAUCUGUCAAGUACCUGCGAGUACAUGAAAGAAAACACACUGGAGAGAAACCCUAUGAGUGUAAGCUAUGUGGUAAGGGAUUUAUUUCUUCCACUUCCUUUCGCUAUCAUGAAAAGACUCACACUGGAGAGAAACCUUAUGAAUGUAAGAAAUGUGAGAAAGCCUUCAGUUUUGUCAAGGAUCUUCGAAUACAUGAAAGGACACACACUGGAGAGAAACCCUUUGAAUGUAAACAAUGUGGGAAAACCUUCACUUCUUCCAAUUCCUUUCACUAUCAUGAAAGGACUCACACUGGAGAGAAACCCUAUGAGUGUAAGCAAUGUGGGAAAGCCUUCAGAUCUGCCUCAGUCCUUCAAAAGCACAUACGAACUCACACAGGAGAGAAACCCUAUGGAUGUAAGCAAUGUGGUAAAGUCUUUAGAGUUGCCUCACAACUUAAAAUGCAUGAAAGGACUCACACAGGAGAGAAACCAUAUGAGUGUAAGCAAUGUGGAAAAGCCUUCAUUUCUUCUAAUUCUAUUCGCUAUCAUAAAAGGACUCACUGGAGAGAAACCCUAUAAAUGUAAA